ACUCAAGUUAGAUUUAUGUUAAAUAUAUGUAAUUACUGCAUUUAUGAUAAUAAAAAAUCUAUUUUUACCGAUUUAUAAAGCUCUUAACUCUUCUUUUAAAAUGGCCCGACGAAACCGUAAUGUUAAUAAAUUUGCUCAGAGAAAAAGAGACCGUAAGGAACAGGAAAAGAAUGGACAGGCUAAGCCAGCAAGUGAUGAAAGGAAGCAUUAUGAAGACAUAGUGCGUGAGAACGCCUCCUUUGAAGAAUACUAUAAGGUACAAAAGAUUUGCCCUGAAGAAGAAUGGCCUGAAUUCAUGAAGAGUAUAAAAGAAAAUCUACCUACAGCUUUCCGUAUAUCUGGCACUAAAAGUGAGGCCAACGCUCUAUCGAAUCUUGUCAAAAGUGAAUACUUCUCACAAAUACUAAACUUGAAACUGAAACUGGAAGGAAAGGAGGAACAAGAAGAAAUAAAACCCAUUAAUCUGCCCUGGUACCCCGGUGGUCUGGCAUGGCAGUUGCAUUUGUCCCGGACGGACAUCCGUCGCAGUGAGCCACUGUACAAGCUGCACAACUUCCUGAUUGCUGAGACCGCUGCUGGUGGUGUGUCUAGGCAGGAGGCGGUGUCCAUGAUACCACCUGUUGUAUUACAAGUGGAGCCACAUCAUAAGGUAUUAGAUAUGUGUGCAGCUCCUGGCUCAAAAACUGCACAACUCAUAGAAUUUCUACAUGCUGAUGAAAACAAAAUGCCUACAGGUUUUGUUAUGGCGAAUGAUGUAGACAACAGUCGCUGCUACAUGUUGGUGCACCAAGCCAAGAGACUCAACUCCCCUUGUAUAGUCAUCACCAACCACGAUGGUGCGGGAAUGCCGUCACUUGUAGUGCCAGAUGAAAAGAAUCCAAACACCACUAAACCUCUGAAGUUUGAUCGUAUACUGUGCGACGUGCCCUGCUCCGGAGACGCGACGCUGAGGAAAAAUCCAGAUAUUUGGCUCAAGUGGUCCACAGGGAAUGGCAACAAUUUACAUGGUAUCCAAUACCGAGUGCUGCGUCGUGGGAGCGAGCUGCUGGGGGUGGGCGGGCGGCUGGUGUACUCCACCUGCUCCUUCAACCCCAUAGAGAACGAAGCUGUGGUGCACCGCCUGCUGCAGGAGACCGACGGGGCCAUGAAACUGGUGGACGCCAGCCAUUUACUGCCAGGACUUAAGUUUAAAAAGGGAAUGACGUACUGGCGACCGGCGUCGAAGGACAUGGUGUUUUACGACAAGUAUGAGGACGUACCGGAGAAGUGGCAGACAGUGGUGCGGCCGCAAAUGUUCCCGCCCAAACCAGAAGACCUCGACAAGUACAACUUAGACAAGUGCAUUAGAAUUUUGCCCCAUCACCAAGACACAGGUGGUUUCUUUGUUGCUGUGUUAGAAAAAACGUCAACGUUACCGUGGGAGAAGGAGCAAGUUGAAAAGGAAUCAAAGACGACCUCGGAAAAAGAAGAGAAAAAGUCUGAACCUCCGAAGAAACGGAGAAGAAUGGGGGGAUACCGGGAGGAUCCGUUCGUAUUCUUCUCGGGAGAUUCUGAGGACGUGUUUCCUUCUAUAAAAGAGUUCUACGACUUGAAUGCUUCUUUUGAUUCGACAUGCCUAUUGACAAGGUGCUAUGUUGGCAAAAAGAAGAAUAUAUACCUGGUGUCGCCGAGCGUAAAGGAUGUGGUUAAGAGCAAUGAAGCCAACAUCAAGAUAAUUAACACGGGUGUCAAAGCCUUCGUGCGGUGUGACAACAAGAAUAUGACGUGUGCUUUCAGAUUAUCACAGGAAGGUCUGCAAAGUAUAUCCCAGUCCAUUGGACCGAAGCGAAGAAUAAGCAUAUUGAAGGAAGACCUCGUGUUAGUGCUCCAAAACGACAACCCAAGCAAACCACCAGAUGUUAAACUAUUCUCUGAACACACACAAAACCAAGUCAAAGAUUUGGCGACAGGCAGCUGCGUGCUGGAGUUCAAAGACCCUGACAGUGAUCUCGAGCUGACGCUGGUGGGGUGGCGCGGCGUGCACUCGCUGCGGGCGUACACCACCACGCAGGAUACCGUGCACUACCUGCGCCUGCUCGGCGCUGACUAUAGCAAAUACGACGUAAACAAAUUCAACAAGAGAGCUGAAGAGAAAGAGGCAGCCGAAGAGCAAGAAACUCCAAGUGAAAUGGAGACCGAUGACGUCAUAGAUAAUGGGAAGGACGAGUCCAGUAAAGAAUCGGACGUAAAAGAUUCCGUUUGUACAUAAUAUUCAAUAUUAUUAUAAUAUU